ACGGUUGGCGGGGAAUAAAGCAAUUGCUUUUUAGGUAAUGCACUAUUCAAUGCAAGGCGUAUAUCACUGUAGGCGAAUAGUUUAAACCGCAACCCGCAAUCCGCAACUUUCCCGACGUACCUAAUAUUUAACCAUCCACCCGCUCUCAAUUUAUCCCAAUUGACCCCAUACAAGAAUUUGUUCGUCGCACAUUCGGACAAGAUGGGUGGCGGUCCUAAAGUUCCCUACCCCAAGCAUGUAUGGUCUCCGGCCGGUGGUUGGUACACGCAACCGAGCAACUGGAAGGCGAAUACCGCGGUCUUCAUGGGUGUUAUUCUGGGCAUCACGGCCUUGACGUGGAAGCUCAGCGCCGACCGAGAGGUGCGAUAUAAGAUGCCGGAGCCGGAUCGAUUCUACCCUAGCCGAUACUGGACUAAGCAGAUAAGGGAGUACGAGGCGGCGCAGAAAGCAAAGAAGACCGAAGAAUCAUAGAGCUGGUAUUAUUGUUGGGGUGUACAUAUACCAUAUUCUAAGACGGGCAAUACCAGGCAUUGGGCUGAACUUCGGCGGAUAUAAGUGGUCAUCCCCCGUUGAUGCUCGUGACUCUUCGAAUGAUAGUGACCUAUGGGAGGCAUCCCUAGAAAGAAAGUCUCCCUUAAGAAGUCCCUUGCUUAAGGAGCCUUGCCAUUCGAUCCGUCCGAUAAGGCCUUUCAAUGUAAACCAGAAGUACGUAUUUGUUGAACAAACCGCUAUACCACUAAAAGGUUAUCUGGUAAUAGAUUUUAUUCUAUUAUGCUUUAUAUUUGUAUCGGAC